ACAAUGCUGUUGGUUUCACUAUGUGAGUCACAAGAUUUUCCAGACCGCAGGGGACUGGCCGGGUCCCCCGGGGCUCAAGAAAUUCCAAGACCCACUCCCUUUCUUAUGGCUGAUCUGUGGAGGCAGCAGCCUCCGGCCCAGGGCAGACGUCACCAUGGCCUUCCUGAUACACCUGCUGGUCUGUACCUUCGGGAUGGGCUCCUGGGUGGCCAUCAACGGGCUCUGGGUAGAGCUGCCCCUGCUGGUAACGGAGCUGCCCGAGGGCUGGUACCUGCCUUCCUACCUCACAGUAAUCAUCCAGCUGGCCAACAUCGGCCCCCUGCUGGUCACCCUACUCCAUCACUUCCAACCCAGCUGCCUUUCUGAGGUGCCUGUCAUCUUCACUGUGCUGGGGGUGGGCACCAUCGCCUGCACCCUCUUCGCCUUCCUCUGGAAUGUCACCUCGUGGGUGCUGGGCAGCUACCACAGCAUCGCCUUCCUGGUCCUCACCUUCUUCCUGGCCCUGGUGGACUGUACCUCCUCCGUCACCUUCCUGCCCUUCAUGAGCAAGCUGCCCACCCACUACCUCACCACCUUCUUUGUGGGUGAAGGACUCAGCGGCCUCCUGCCUGCCCUGGUGGCUCUUGCCCAGGGCUCGGGUCUCACCACCUGUGUCAACAUCACUGAGACAUCAGACACCACCCCGAUCCCUGAGACCACCAGGAACAUGGACAGCCCACAGGGAGCUAGCAGCCCUUUGGUGUCUGAGCUCGCUAGGACGGCACCCUCCGUGGUCCAUCUGGAAAGCCACUACCUCCCCGCCAACUUCUCACCCUUGGCCUUCUUCCUCCUGCUCUCCUUCAUGAUGGCCUGCUGCCUCAUUGCUUUCUUUUUCCUCCAGCGUCAACCCAGGCGCUGGGAAGCUUCCAUAGAAGACCUCCUCACCUCUCAAGUCACCCUCCACUCCAUCCGGCCGCAGGAAGGGAAGGACCUGGGCCCCCCAGGCCCGGAGGACAGCGGCAAGGGCCAGGAGCCUCUGGAGGAGAAGACAGCCCCCCAGCACCUGGCCCACCUGACCUUCAUCUACAUCCUGGUGGCCUUUGUGAACGCGCUCACCAACGGCGUGCUACCCUCCGUGCAGACCUACUCCUGCCUGUCCUAUGGGCCUGUGGCCUACCACCUGUCUGCCACCCUCAGCUCCAUGGCCAACCCUCUCGCCUGCUUCCUCUCCAUGUUUCUGCCUAACAGGUCUCUGCCAUUCCUGGGGGUCCUUACGGUGCUCGGGACCGGCUUUGGGGCCUACAACAUGGCCAUGGCCGUGAUGAGCCCCUGCCCCCUCAUGCAGGGCCACUGGGGUGGAGAAGUCCUCAUCGUGGCUUCGUGGGUGCUGUUCAUUGGCUGUCUGAGCUAUGUCAAGGUGAUGCUGGGCUUGAUCCUGCGUGACCGUAGCCGCAGCGCCCUCUUGUGGUGCGGGGCGGCGGUGCAGCUGGGCUCGCUCCUCGGAGCGCUUAUCAUGUUCCCACUGGUCAACGUGCUGAGGCUCUUCUCAUCCGCUGAUUUCUGCAGCCUGCAGUGCUCCACCUAGGCCAACUGAAGUGGCGUGGUCCAUCAUAAGGCUCCGCCCCCAUGACUAACAUCUGGAAACUGGGACCCCCUCGAGGCAAGGCGUGUGCCCAAGGUCACAGAGCCAGUGGUAGGGAGCUAGGAGGCAGAGCUUUUAACUGAUUUGCAGCACCCAGCUGGCGGAUGUUAGAAGCGGAACAGCUGGGAGGUUGAGCUGCCCAUUAUAAGCUAUGUGACCUUGGGGAAGUCACUUGAUUGCUCUAGCCCUCUGUUUCUUCAUCCAUAAAAUGGGGAUUAUAAUAAAUAACACCUACUUCAUAGGUUUGGCACAGGGGUAAAAUGCAGAAGCACCCAGCACAUCCUGAUCUGACGCCCAACAGUAAUAACAGGAGUGACAAUCUACAAAGCCUAGAAGUGGCCAGAGGCGUUGAGAAAUGACCCCUUCCCCAUAUCCUUUUUCCCCCAUCGUCUCAGAGAAGCUUCUAGAAGACAGAUGGCUAACGGUGGAAUCUCAAGCACCUUGGCUUCCCACUUCCCAGUAUGGAGGAACACUGCACCCCAUGCACCCCUUCCUGUCACCCCUGCUGACCCAGGAAGGCCCAUUCCUUGGAGAUUAAGUGACCUCCUAAGAGACAGAGAGAGGAUUGGGGCGGAGGGGCCACAGCAAGACUCUGAACGUGAGUCCCCCGACCCCAUUCACCGGCCGACACUGAACUGGGAGGCAGUCCUCUGAACUAGGGGGAGGAGGAGAGUGGGGAAGAGUAUGUUAGCUACCUGAUAGUUUUUUGGUUUUACUUUUUGUUUUUUUUUUUUUGUUUGUUUGUUUGUUUGUUUUUUGUGGUAUGUGGGCCUCCCUCUGUUGUGGCCUCUCCCGUUGCGGAGCACAGGCUCCGGACGCGCAGGCUCAGCAGCCAUGGCUCACGGGCCCAGCCGCUCCGCGGCAUGUGGGAUCCUCCCAGACCGGGGCGCGAACCCGGUUCCCCUGCGUCGGCAGGCGGACGCGCAACCACUGCGCCACCAGGGAAGCCCCUACUUUUUGUUUUUUUUAAAUAAAGACAUUCCCUGCUUUUACACUAAGGUCAGCCUUCCAAGAAAAAGUCCAGCAUGAACACCAAAAAAAAAGUUUCAAUAUAAUCAGCUUUCAGUUGGUUCUAAGGUCAAGGCUGAGCUCAGAAAUAAACAGAAUCAAGGGCUUAGAGAAUGUCUGGUCCUGGGACUUCUUUUCUUUAGAGGUUUGUUUUGUUUGCUUGCCACCACCCUUCCUUUUUAAUUUUGAAUAGAUAAUAUAGUCACAUGUUUCAAAAAUCAGAAAAUAUAAAAUGAUGUUCAGCAAAAAAAUUCCAUCCCUGUCCACUCCCCCUUCUGCCCAGUUCCCCUUAACACAUACAUGAGCACUUUUAUUUGUUCCCUGUUUACUCUUCCAGAGAUUAUGCAAAUGUAAGCAAAUUCAAACAUAGAGCCUUUUUACAUAAAAAGUAGUAAACUGCUGUGUACUUUGCACUUUCAAGCAGCAGUGAAAAUGUGGAGAGCCUUCUUGUUCUUUGUCGUGACUGCAUAGUAUUCCACUGUGUGGAGGUGCCAGAUUUGUUCAACCAGCCCUCUGCAGAAAGACAUUUAAAGGUGUUGGAGACAAAAUUAAACACUAAAUCUCCCACCAACCCCAAAAACCUCUCCACAAAAGUAGAAAAGAAAGAAAAUACUUUUACUAUUGAAUAUAUGUUCAACCUGAUUGUGGUGCACAUCAGACAGUCUGCUAAAGAGAUUGCACAGGCAGAAAGAAACUCUACCCUUCUAUAUAGUCCAGCAGACACAACCUAUUACAUCCAGGUUCUCAAAUGAUAACCUAAAGUAAGAGAAGUAGAUAACACCGUUUGUCAUCCUGAACUCAGCUAGUGAUUGGGGUGGCUCUCCGUGUUAGCUAAUUGUCCUUAACCACAGGAAAGAAGAACUCAUAUCUUUAUGAAAGGAGGUGGCUUUGCAACUUGGAGCCAAACCCUGAGUUAAGCUCCUACACUCCGGAGACUGGGUGAUAGGGGUGUGGCUUCCUGAUACUUACAUUGCAAACAGAGGGUUCCCUUGUGUGGUAAAACUGGCAAGAGGCUCAUUCAGCUUUUUUUAAAGCCUCGCAUACAUGCAAAAAGGAGCAGAGAAAGAAUUUAUGUUUUCUAAAGUAAAUGCUCAAGAAAAAGGAGUGGGGAUGUCUCUUUCCCUUUUUGGCACCAGAAAGAAAGAUUUUUAUUUGUAUUUGCCCUUACAAGGGCAUUUGGGUUGUUUCCAGUCGUUCUCUCCCAGAAAAGAUAUUGGAGUAGGUAAUGAGCAAGAAGACCUUCUCUCUGUACUGACGUGGGAAGAUGCUCCAAGAUUAAUUACACACAUGGGAAGCAGAUGCAGAAGAACGUGUAGAGUGCGGUGCUAGCCAUGCUAAUACACUCUGUCAAGCACUAGGUGGGAGGAGGGCGGGUGACUUGCUGUUUGGAAGAGGCACCUCCAUCUGACAGCCCUCUCUAUGGUUUUGCUUUCGCCCUCCUCCUUGGAAGUGUUUGGUGGGAGGAGGGCGGGUGACUUGCUGUUUGGAAGAGGCACCUCCAUCUGACAGCCCUCUCUAUGGUUUUGCUUUCGCCCUCCUCCUUGGAAGUGUUUGUGACCUUGACAACCUUUUAGUUACCAUGCACAAGUCCGCUGUCCUCCAUCUCCUCCUCUGUACAAUGGAGACAAUA